AUUGACUUGAAGGCAAUGGGUAUGGGUUCUUGCAAAAAAAGAGAGGACUGUGAAAACACCUCAAGCCCCCAAUCAAAUGAUUAAACACAGAUAAUAAAAGUAUAGAGGCCUCUUGUUUCCAACAGGUAGGGCACAAUGCAAAGAGCUAAUGACAGCACCUUCCCUGGAUUCAUUCUCCUUGGCUUCUCUGGCAGACCCCAUCUGGAAUCAGUUCUUUUUGUGGUUAUCCUAAUCAUCUACUUGUUGAGCUUUCUAGGCAAUAGCACCAUUAUACUUUUGUCAAUUUUGGAACCCCAUCUCCAUACCCCUAUGUAUUUCUUCCUCUCCAACUUGUCUUUUAUGGAUCUUUGUUUGACUACUUGUACUGUCCCUCAGACACUGGUCAACUUCAAGGGGAAGGACAAGACCAUCAGCUAUGGUGGCUGUGUGACACAGCUCUUUAUUGCUGUGAGCCUGGGGGGAAUGGAAUGUAUCCUCCUGUCUGUCAUGGCCUAUGACCGUUAUGCAGCUGUCUGCCGCCCACUCUACUACAUGGUGAUCAUGCAUCCCCAGCUUUGCUUGCAGUUGGUUGCAACUGCUUGGCUUACAGGCUUUGGCACUUCUGUGGUGCAGACAGCAUUGACCAUGACUCUCCCUCUCUGUGGUAAAAACCAAGUGGAUCAUUUCCUCUGUGAAGUCCCAGUGAUGCUGAAACUGGCCUGCACUGACACCUCCAUCAAUGAGGCUGAACUAUUUGCUGUCAGUGUCCUCUUCCUGGUGGUGCCACUCUCACUCAUCUUAGUGUCCUAUGGUCACAUUACCCGUGCAGUCCUGAUGAUAAAGUCAGUGCAGGGGAGAUGGAAAGCUUUUGGAACCUGCAGUUCUCAUGUCCUGGUGGUGAUCAUUUUCUUUGGCACGCUCAUUUCCGUGUACCUCCAGCCUCCCUCCAGUUAUUCACAGGAUGUGAAUAAAAGCAUCACGCUCUUCUAUACUCUGGUGACUCCCCUGCUGAAUCCCCUGAUUUACACUCUGAGGAACAAGGAAGUCAAAGGGGCACUAAGGAGAUUAGUGGGGAGAACCAUAGCCUCAAGAAAGAGUUAA